AUGCGGGAUGGAGGCGUCAAGAAAAAGGUGGUCUCGACCUCCACGAAAUCCGGCCUCCAGGCCAUCCGGGCCUGCGGACUCUCAGAGGCAUUCGCGUGUUGCACGAGCGACUGCUCCGAGGCCUGGAAAAUCAUCAACGCUGACGGCGUUGCCCUGUACGCUGAUGAGGGUGGCAACAACCGCCCCGAGAUUGCGAGACAGCAGCUGAUGCGGCUCCUGCUGUCAAAACUCCCAGACGACAAGAUCCGAUGGGGCGCCAAGCUCACUUCCGCCGAGCGCGUCGGCGAGGGAAAGACGAGGCUCAACUUUGGCGACGACGCGGACGUCUUUGACGUGGUCAUUGGCGCGGACGGAGUACACCGGCCUCCAGAACCUGACCCUCACUAUCUGCUACUUGCCGGGGCGGCCCCCGACCUGGCCGAGUUUUGCGGCGACGGCACCAUAUGCGUCCUGCAAGACGGCAACGGCGUCAUUAAGGGCCAGCACGGCGUCCGGCGGUCGGAGCGGCUGUACAUUACCAUGGCAUCGGCCGACGAAAACUUUGCCGAGCGCGAGGGGAUCCAUGACAUGGACGCCGUUAUGCUCUACACCUUCCUCACCACCACGGACACCCUCUACAACACGUUCGCCGACAUGCCAAAGAGGCUCAUCAAGGCGGCCUGCGAGGACAGCACCGCACCCGGAAAUCGCGGCCCGACGACUAGGUACGACCUACGCCCGUUCUACAAACUGCCGGUCGGCCACCGAUGGGACCCCGUGCCGGGCGUCACCAUCCUCGGAGACGCGGCGCACCUGAUGACGACGUAUGCCGGCGAGGGGGUCAAUCUGGCCAUGCGCGACGCGCUGGACGUGGGCGCGGCCAUCCCGCAGGCUUGGAAGGUGUCAAAGAAUGCGGCUAGCCUGAAGGUGGAAGGAGAGAUAGUAAGGUCGUAA